AUGUUCAUCAAUCAUUUGAUAGUAAAACAAUUUCACAUAAGAAGCUCCUCUGCCACCUCCAUUCCCCCUACCCAGUUCUCCACCCUCAUCGCCGGUGACUUGUCCACUGCAAUGUCCUCCGCCUUGACUGCCGCCUUGUCCGCCGCCUCUGCCACCUCCUCAUCCGCCGCCACGUCCUCCGUCGCCUCUGCCACCGCCUUGUCCGCCACCACGUCCUCCGCCGCCUCUGCUGCCGCCUUGUCUGCUGCCUUGUCCCGUACCUUGUAUGCUGCCUUGUCCGCUGCACCUUCUGCCUCUUUGACUUAUUCCAUCUCCUGUGGCUAG